CUGCAGCCAGUCCGGACCUCACCGGACCUCACCGGACCUCCGCCGGCGCUCGGCACCCGCCCGCCCGCCCGCCAUGGGCGCUCCGUGCCGCCGCCUCUUUGCGCUCCUGCUUCUGCUGCUGCAGGUCUCUGCGAGUCUCUGCCAGGAGCCCGGGCCCUGCUACCCUGGCUUUGGUGCCGAGAGCUACACGUUCCUGGUUCCCCGCUGGCAUCUGGAGAGAGGCCACGUCCUGGGCAGAGUGAGUUUUGAAGGCUGCACCGGCCGGCCAAGGACAGUCUACUUUUCUGAUGACUCCCGAUUCAAAGUGGCCACAGAUGGUGUGGUCUCCGUCAAAAGACCUCUACAGCUGCAUAAAGUAGAGACCAGUUUUUUGGUCCACACCUGGGACUCCACCUACAAGAAGUUCUCCGUCAAGGUGACACUGAAGGCAGUGGGACGCCACCACCACCACCACCACCGUGACCUUGCUCCUGAAAACAAGACACAAGUGCUCACAUUUCCCAGCUCCCACCAUGGUCUCAGAAGACAGAAGAGGGACUGGGUUAUCCCCCCCAUCAGCUGUCCAGAAAAUGAAAAAGGGCCAUUUCCUAAAGACCUGGUUCAGAUCAAAUCCAACAGGGACAAAGAAACAAAGGUUUUCUAUAGCAUCACUGGCCAAGGUGCCGACAAACCCCCUGUGGGCGUGUUUAUUAUUGAAAGAGAAACAGGAUGGCUGAAGGUGACCGAGCCACUGGAUAGAGAAGACAUCGCCAAGUAUAUCCUCUAUUCUCAUGCCGUGUCAUCCAAUGGGAAUGCAGUGGAAGACCCAAUGGAGAUCGUGAUCACAGUGACAGAUCAGAAUGACAACAAGCCCGAGUUCACCCAGGCAAUCUUUGAGGGCUCAGUCAUGGAAGGAGCUCUUCCAGGCACCUCUGUGAUGCAGGUCUCCGCCACGGACGCAGAUGACGAUGUAAACACCUACAAUGCUGCCAUUGGUUACUCCAUCCUCAGCCAAGAGCCGGAGGAGCCCGACAGGAAUAUGUUCACCAUCAAUAAGGAAACAGGGGUCAUCAGUGUGUUCACCACAGGGCUGGACCGAGAGAGCUACCCCACGUACACGCUGGUGGUUCAAGCUGCUGACCUUAAUGGUGAAGGCUUAAGUACGACUGCCAAAGCUGUGAUCAACGUCAUGGACAUCAAUGACAACGCUCCCAUCUUUAACCCCACCACGUACGAGGGUCAGGUGUAUGAGAAUGAAGUUAAUGCUGUCAUCACCACACUGAAAGUGACAGAUGCCGACACCCCCCACACCCCAGCGUGGCAGGCCGUAUACACCAUAUUAAAUGAUCAGGAGCAACAAUUCGUCAUCGUUACAGACCCCCAAACCAACGAUGGCAUUUUGAAGACAGCAAAGGGCUUGGAUUUUGAGACCAAGCAGCAGUACAUUCUACAAGUUACUGUGCAGAACGUGGAUGCCUUUGCCGUGAGUCUCCUCACCUCCACGGCCACCAUCACUGUGGACGUGAUAGACGUGAACGAAGCCCCCAUCUUUGUGCCCCCCGAAAAGAAAGUAGAAGUGCCUGAAGAUUUUGGUGUGGGUCUGGAGAUAACAUCCUAUACUGCCCGGGAGCCAGACGUCUUUAUGAAACAGACAAUUACGUACCGAAUUUGGAGGGACACUGCCAACUGGCUGAAGAUUGAUCCAGAAACUGGUGCCAUAUUCACUCUGGCUGAGAUGGACAGAGAGGACCUGGAGCACGUGAAGAACAGCACAUACACGGCCCUCAUCAUCGCCACUGACAAUGGUUCUCCAGUCGCCACCGGAACGGGAACCCUUCUCCUGGUCCUCUCCGACGUGAAUGACAACGCCCCCAUUCCUGAACCUCGGAAUUUACACUUCUGCCAGAGGAAUCCUCAACCCCAAGUCAUCAACAUCAUUGAUCCAGACCUUCCCCCCAAUACUUCUCCCUUCACGGCUGAGCUGACCCAUGGGGCCAGUGUGAACUGGACCAUCGAAUACAACGAUCCAGCCCAAGAGUCUCUCAUUUUGAAACCAAAGAAGCAUCUCGAGUUGGGUGACUACAAAAUCAAUCUGAAGCUCAUGGAUAACCAGAACAAAGACCAGGUGACCACGUUGGAUGUCAUCGUGUGUGACUGCGAAGGGGCCGUGAACAACUGCAUGAGAGCCAAUUAUGUGGAAGCAGGACUGCAAGUGUCCGCCAUUCUGGGCAUCCUGGGAGGAAUCCUUGCUGUUCUGCUCCUGACCCUGCUGCUCCUGCUGUUUGUGAGGAGGAAAAGGGCCGUCAAAGAGCCCUUAUUGCCCCCAGAAGAUGACACCCGGGACAACGUUUAUUACUAUGAUGAAGAAGGAGGUGGUGAAGAGGACCAGGACUUUGACCUGAGCCAGCUGCACAGGGGCCUGGAUGCUCGGCCGGAAGUGACUCGCAAUGACGUGGCGCCAACCCUCAUGAGUGUGCCCCAGUAUCGCCCCCGCCCUGCCAAUCCUGAUGAAAUUGGCAAUUUUAUUGAUGAGAACCUGAAGGCGGCCGACAGUGACCCCACAGCCCCCCCUUACGACUCCCUGCUGGUGUUCGACUACGAAGGCAGCGGCUCUGAGGCGGCCAGUCUCAGCUCCCUGAACUCCUCCGAGUCCGACCAGGACCAGGACUACGACUACCUGAACGAGUGGGGCAACCGCUUCAAGAAGCUGGCCGACAUGUACGGAGGUGGAGAGGACAACUAGGGGACCCCGGAGUCACGUUCCUGUGCCCCAACCCCAGCCCUG